AUGCGUCCACCGGUCAUUGAACAGCCACCAAUUACGAAAAUAAAUCUGGAUGGUGAAACAGGACAGCUUUUAACAGGUGAAGAAACAGUACGUCAGAUGAAGGAGAAGGAGGAGCACGCUGCCAAUAAGGUAAAGCCGGUUCAGAAAAGCACUUCAUUAGAACAAAAACAAAAUUUAAAAGCAAAGAAAUUGCCUACAACUGAAGAUGAAAUGUUAUGUCAGCUGAUAUCUUGA